UAUUUCUACAUUUUGUGUUCGAUCUGGAUUUAUCUUGGGUCGAGGGAAUAGAGAGGUGGAAUUCCGAAGACGGACCAACUAUGAAGUUGGAUCCUUGUGCAGUAUGCAGAUUGACGAUUGGAACUGAGCUAGGAGCUUCUCCGGAGCCCUCCCUGCCUCGCAAGAAGAAAUGUCACCUGCUCCUCGACAAAGACGAUGGGGCGGAUUCUUCAGAUCAUUCCCUGGAGCACUUGCCUCAGCAAGACUCCAUUUCGGAACACUCCAGAAGCAGGGUUCCAGACGAAGGAGAUUCUUCGCUGAAGUCGACCGAUGCCGACUCUAGGAAAACUGAUGAGAGGCAACCCCUAAUGAGCCAGAGCUAUCCUCCAGCGAUGGGCUCUGCUUCAGACGGCCCCGUUGCCCCCCUGCCCAAAACCACCGAGUACCGGUCCCAGUUCGUAGCCUGGCCUCGGCCCCAGGAGGGGUCCUCCGCCACGGCCCGAAAGUCCGCCUCUAUGGGCAUCAUCUCUUCACAGCCCAAGAAGGACCAGAUCGACGCUUCCGCACAGCCUUCUGACGCUCCAAGUGGCGAGCUUUGGAAUGGUGUGAGUAAUGAUGAUGAAGAAUCUGCGUUGGACGCCGUUAAGAGGGGACACAUCAAGAAGACGGAAUAUAAGGCUAAAUUUAGACCUUUCUCGGCGUAUACGUAUGUGGAUGGAAGUUGGAAGAAAGCGACUCGUCUUAUAAAGGAAAGGGCGUACGACGAUCUGGACAUCCGUAGCUCGUACUCCUACCCUUUGAUCAGUGGCGAUCUCACCGAUGGCGAGGAAUGCCAUAACUCUGCGUGGUACACAGAAGUACUGGAGAGACUGCGCAAAGCCGACCAGUACCGAGCUCGCAGCCAUACUGGGCAGACGAUGUAUGGAACGCAGCAUCCCGAUUUCCCGUUCACACCUCGCGAUAGAGUAGCGUUGUCGCCUGUUUCUGUUGGGCCCUCGGCGAGGGCGUGGAAGGAGGCCAAGGAUCGGUCUCGACCUGCACCCAUUCACCACCGAAAAGACAAGAGGGACGCUGCGGAUGGCAUGGAACAUCCGAAAUCAAGGGAAGGAUCUACGAGGAAAAAACAUCAACUGGAAAAAACUACAGUGCGCCCAAAAAGUGCGGAACCUGUACUGCCAGCGGUGACGAGCAAAGAGCAGCACCGCAGUCCCAAAAGGACCCGCCCUAAGGCUCCUCGAGAUUUACCCAUACAUGGUCACGGCGAUCUCUCAGGAAGGAAGAAGGGGAAAGGUUUGGACAAAGGUUCUCCAGUCGGUAUCCGGCCUCGGGCAGUGGCGCGUCAGGAGGAAGGAGGCCGCAUCUGGUUGAAGCCGGACAAAGGAGGAGAUCAGCCUCUGGUCAACGGUUUUGCCCCCUCCGAAGAAGAAUCAUCCGUCCAAACCCAGCAGGACUCCGAACAAGGUGUCGCACCGUCUGCCAUUCGACAACCCCCCUUGAAAGUCCCACUGACGACGGUCAAAAGUCCCGAGGAAGUAACGGGCGUUCGAAGCCCGGACCCAGAAUCCUGGACUGUUCCUUUAGAAAUCGGCAAAGGACUUCACUGGAUGGACGGAAGGACUCCUGAUGGCAUGCGAGAGGUUAAGGGACCUCCUGUUCUAAUGUCUAAACGGCUGAAGGAGUCUUCUCUGGCCAGCCAGAAAGAUAUAGUAGUCUGUGAUCCAGGGCAGGAAGGUACCGGUGAGAGUGUGGACCUGUAAUUGCUUUAGCCAAAAAGAUCACUCCAGCGCCUUUAUCACCUCCUCCAGCAGAGGAGGACAAGAAGAACAGAAAUCCCAACUCUUCCGUAUACACCUCGCCCCCUCUCUACCACCCUCUGAACGCUUACUGAAGAGCACGUUCUAUUUUUGCUUGGAUGGAGCAAAACCAUAAACAUCCUGUGAAUGAGAUCUUUCUCCCCCCAAAAUAGAUCUUGCUGAAUGGGGAAUUUUUAAACUGUUCUUAAGUUUUUUUAAAAUUGCAAUUAUGAACUAGUGUUACCAAACUUGAAAACAAAUGUCAAAUAAUUUAUUGCUUAAAAUUUUUGCCUUUCUCAGAAAGGCAUUGUUAGGUUACAAUUGUUAUAAAAAUAUACGGUAGUUUUCUCCUCACAUACAUUUGACAGCAGUAAAUUCAUUCCUAAGUUUUGGUCAAGAAACAAAUACACAUGUUCUAGGAAUAAAAAUCUUAGUGAGCCUUACAUAAAAAUCUUCAUUUUUUUUUUAAAAUUAAUAUUUUGGAGAGAGGUUACAUUACAAAAAUUCAGAGUAUCAUAGUAAGUUAACCUCACUUUGGUUUUGUAAUUUGCUUUCACCUAAAAUGUUUUCCAGAGCACAAUUGAUUAAAGAUAAUAAAUUCAAUUUAGGUCAUGAAAUAAAAUAAUUUUCGUGUUAGAUACUUUCCCCAGUCUUGGUAUCACCUAAUCCAGAAGUGGUGAAAUAGUUAACUAUGAAUGCUAGAAGAUUCACACAUAACUUUGAUGGGAAAUAUUCUUUCUUCAAUUUAGGAAAGGGUUUACCUUAAGCAGAAACACAUGAAUGAAAUGAUUAUGAAAACCAUAGAGAAAAAUUGGGAUAAAAUAUGCCCCCCAAAAAAGCAUCCUUACUCUGCAAGCUAAAAGUUUGGUGCUAUGAACAGAAUCCUCAGACAAUAAUAAUCUAAAAUAAAACCAGUGCCCUUCAUGUGGUUCUUAAAAGACGAAAUUAUGAAAAGGAUGUUUUAUAAUCUCAACAGACACAUUUUCGCAAAAGGCAAAAGUAAAUUUCUCGAUCAAGAAGUAUUUAAUUAUUAGCAAAAUAAAACAUUUUCUCGGUAUUUUAAGUACAUUUUAAAUUUUCAUUUAAAUGAUCAAGGCUCACUAAGAAGACGGGUCUGGAUAAACCAAGGACAAAAGCAAAGCUAUUGUUGUCAUAUUCAAUGAAAUUCUUUUAUACAUAACUACUGUUUCUGAUAUAGUCCCACAAAUAGCUCAGUGUUAACGUGUUCCUGUAAAUGUUUUUUGUAUUCUUGUUACAUUUGAAAAAAAAAAAAAAAGGUUAUCAGUUAAGAACCAAUGAUGUCAUCUUUAUUUUCCGCUGAAAAAGAAGAAUGUUGGCCGUUUUUUAAACAGGAAAACUUGCUUUUCCUUGGGAUAACUAUUUACUUAUUCUUUCAUAAAAUAUUGACAAAAAGGAGGACACUAUGUAGUCCUUACUUGUAAGGUCCGACUUAUAAUUAAGCUAUUUAUCACACCUCAUCAUAUUCGAGUUCAAAUCUAAGAUCAGGGAGCUUUUAUUUAACUUAUGAUUGUGCCGAAUUAUUAAAAAAAUUCAUUUUAACCCAAAUCAAAAUCGAAUUAUUAUCACUAAGCAAUUAGUUACACAAUCGCUUGUUAGAAAUUAUAUAAUAGAAAUUAAGAGCAGUUAGUGAGUUAUUAAAAUCUUUUAAUCCUCAAAGACUAUAAAUUUGCACAUGUAAGCAUCAGGAUAAAACUUGCCAUGACUGCUUGCUUGAAAAUUUUACUUAGCCUUGUUGUAGAUCGGACCUACAUUGGAAAGAAAUGGCAAAUUGUUCGGUGGGAAUCCUACCUGAUGGUUAGUGUUCCUGUAUACAUAUUGUACAUACGUCUAGAAAUGUUCCUUUAGCUGGACUAGGCAAGUCAUCAUAUCUAACGAGAUUAUAAGGCAAAAAGAAAAGAUAUGAUUUCCCUUCCUUCCCGUGUUGUUCCUACUCACCACUGAAGAUGUGACACUGUUAUCUCUCGUGUGCUUUUGCUGAAGAAUGAGAAGAAAAAGAGUUCUGCUGUAUAAUUUUUUAAUUGUGUUGCUUCCAAAUAUGUGAAAAGCAAAUGUCUCAUUGAAUGAAUGGAAUACAUAUGUGUUUAGAGUAAUUGAUGCAUCAGUAACUUUUAUUAAACUCAAGUUAAGAAAAUUGAAAGAAAAAAAAAAGAGUUAAAAGUCCUUGUAACUUUAAACUAAGAUUUAAAUUGAAUGCUUUAAUAAACAAUUCAAACAAGAAACUUACUAUAUUUUUGAAAGAGUAUUUCAUCCAAAGCAAUAACGAUUUUUUUUUUUGCAUUAGUAAAUCUUCCGGAAUCUGAUUUUAAUUAGAAAUAGAUAACUAAUUAAAAGUAAGUCAUGUAAAAGGUUAUUUAUUUUAAUGUGAGCUUCUAGUAUACCACCACGAAAAAUUUACUAUCAGCCCUCAUAAUAAAGAAGUAAAUUAAUAAAUAGGAAAAUUCUUUCCAGUUUGUGAAUAUAAAGAUAAAUUUUUCAGUAAAUAAUCAGCUCUUGCCAAAGCCUGUGAACGUGAAUUAAAAGAGCACUAUAAGUUUUGGAAAUGUAACUAUAGUUCAGGUUGACUCCCUUAUGCAGACAUCCUGCUAGGAACAAACACAUUUUAAGCUCAAUUUAUCAAAAAAAAAAAAGUCACAUUGAGAUUAAUAAGCAAAUAAUCUUAAACCCUGUGCAUAUUAUGUCUCAAGACUGCAUGUAGCUCAUAGGUGCAGUUUAAACAAGUAUUGAGACUAGUACAAGAAUAUCUGCAGUUGAACAUCAGUUUUUAGACACUAAUCUAUUUGUACAUACAUUUAUAAUAUAAUUUUCUCUUAAGAGUGAUUGAUUUUCAACUUAAAUUUUAAACUAAGCUUAAUUAGAAAGCAAAUUUACGUAAACAAUUACAGGGAAAAGCCUGUAAAGUUGCAGGUAUCUAUAACCAACAUGACAUAACUGAUAUUUAACCAUCACUCCUCAUACAUUUCUGUAAUUUUUUUUAAAAAAAGUCAGGAUAAAGUUGCAUCAAUAAUUUGCAUAACGCUACUGAUAUUUAACCCUUACUUUUCAUGUGUUUCUGGGAUUAAAAAAAGUCUGGUUUUAAAGCAUCUGUCUGAAAAUCGCCCUCAAGAUAAUGUCACCGAUCGUCCAUUAUGACAGCCUUCCAAUUUUACUGUCGUCCGUUGUGCUGCUGCUGCAUUAAGCCAAGUUUGAAAUAAGCUUCGCCAGUAGGAUUUUUUUUCUAAUAAGAGUACGCUCAAUUUUAGAGAAGGUGAAAGUCUGAAAAUGUAUAUUUUGUGAUGAAUUUUGGUUGCUUUUGGAUUAAAUUUCUUUUAAGACAUUUUAAUGGUGUUGUCGGAUUAAUUUAUCAGAUCAUGUCCAACAAUUAAGACCGACUUUUAUCCUUUUCCCUUUUUAUUGUGUACAUAUUAUAGAAUAUGUCAUGGGAUUUAGUUUAAAAAAAAAAAGCAGAAGAGAGAGAGAAAAAAUAGACAUAGUAAACUUACUUCCCGAACUAUCUAUAUAUGAAUCGUGGACAUAAUUUGAGAAUACUGAUAGUUUUAUUUCACAAGUGUGCUCAAAUUUCUCUGCCCAAAAUAUUUUUCACAUAUGCAUGAACUUGUUUCAAGCAAUAAAAAGCUUAGUUCUAAAGAGUAAAUUCAUAAAAAAGUACAAUAGAAUGCUAUCAUAUCUCACAGCUUUUAUUCAGUUUCAAUAAUUUUGAUGGUGCAUCAGAAAUGAAAAGUUAGGUGGUGUCUCAUAAAAGCAGUUUCCUGAUUUUUGAACUGUCUGUAAGCGAAGUGCGCUGUGAGUGUGAAUUCUGUUACUCUUUCCUAUAUAAAACUGUCGGCUAAUACCUGUGGCCAGAAUGUAGUGACAACUGAGCUUUCUAUAAUAUGUUUAAUAAAAGUAUAUCAAUCAAUGGGGCCUGAUUUUUUUUGUCUGAUGAACUUGGUCUUUUUCAAACAAAAUAUUGUAACUGCCAAACUUAAUGUUGCUGCCGUCAACAGAGGUAUUUUUGACUCAACAAAAUAAAAAGUCAAUCAGUACUACCAGUAAUGGUUAAGUCAAGCCAAUGCUGCCACCUAUUAAGCCCUUGAAACGAAUAAGUGAUAAUCGCUCUUCUAUACCUAAUACAGUGUAGACAAUCUCUUUUUGUUUGUCGGGCCAAUGUUAUCAGCAAAAGCCAAAGUUGAUGCUUUUGUCAUUUUGAAGACAGUUCCUCUAUCUUCCCUUUUACAAAUAGAGUUAGCACGUUUAAUCAGACAGCCACUAUUGCUAAUAAAAUUUAAUAUCCAUCUGUGGAAGAAAAUCUUCUGACAGUCAGGGUGUAUGAUCCCUACCACAAUGUUUACCGGAAAAAUACUGAACAUAAUUUUUUCAGAAAUGCAGAUAGCUAACUAUGGCUUGGCUGUUCCCCAAAACUAAUUGAAAAUCGCCUAAUUUAUGUAACUGAAAUCACCACUUCAGUUUACAUUGUAGCGAAGUAUAUCAAAUUACAUGAACAUAUCUAGACACAUUCUAUGAAAAAAUUUAUGUGAUUUUAACUCAUAACUUGGAAUUUUUCCACUCGUAAUCCAAUAGAAACUUUGAACAAAUAGAAAUUUGAUGAAGGGGAAUCUAAAAGAGGAGAUUAUUAUUAUUCUGGAAGUGUGCAAUGAACCAAAAUAGAAUUCUUUACAAUGCAGCUCAAAAUACUAUCAAGAAAAUUUAAAUACAGUGAAACCUGUGUAUAACAAUACUGUCUUAAACAAUAAACCUGUUUGUAACAAUAUUUCCCUUUGAUCCGGACGAAAUUCUCAUUUACUUAAUGUAUUUUCAACCUGUCUAUAGCGAUAAUCAUAUUUCAGGCACUCCUGUCUAUAACAACAAUAUAUACCUUUUUAUUUCAAAACACAACUAAU